UUUCCGGGUAAUCACAGUCUCUCCGACAGACAAACGUCAAGAGCAGGUUCUGUACGCUGUGUUUACCUCUCGUCUCUACCGUUAAUCGGACACACCCCAGCAAAAUGAUAACUGCGAUCCUCUCCAGUCUGGUAAUUUCCACUAUUCUCUCCGUGGGGCAAACAAGAGUGGUGGUAGAUUCUUUCCCCAGAGAAGAUAAAGAUGUUUCAAUUUUGGCAGAGGGUGUGUGUAAGGACUGCACUAAGAUAACACAGCUGCUAAUGGAUGGGGAGUCUCUGAGUGCCAUACAGCGUGAGCUGCUGAGGAAAGCUCUCCAUGGAGUGUGCUUUCAGUUACCGAAAGGAGAGACCUCGACCCGUUGCCACCUGAUGGUAGACCAACACCUGCCCUCAAUAAUGAAGAACCAGACUGAUUUGUGUCCACUGCUGGGCUUGUGUCCUAUCCAAUCAUUACAAGAGAACUCAAAGCCUCUGACCAAUGGCAUGGCUGAGAAAAGCACAGCACUUGUGGGGGGAGGGACCAAGCAGAAUACUGAGGACGGCCCUGUCUGUGCUUUGUGUGUGUUGCUCCUUCAGAAGAUGGAGAACCUGCUGCCAAAAGAGAGAACAGAGGAGGAGAUAGUCGAGGCCAUGGGGAAAGUGUGCAGCAUGUUGCCAGACAAAUAUAGCGAAAAGUGCAAUGACUUCCUGCAGAAAUAUGGCAAGCAGGUGAUCGACUUCCUGUUGUCUGAUGCGGCGCCCCAUACCAUCUGUGUUCUGCUGCAUCUGUGCCUGUUUGAGGAGGUGCCACCUAGAGAGUAUGCCCUGGCCUCCGACUGCACCUCUUGUCUCUCACUCUCGGCUCUAAUGCGGUUCCACCUUGGGCGGAACGCCACAGAGACGCAGACCGCCUCCCUGCUGCAGAACAUCUGCCAGCGACACCCUAACGCGGUUCCUCAGUGCGAGGCCUUUAUCCAGCUCUAUGGACCAAGACUCCCCAGCAUUUUGGGGAAACAACAUGGUGGUCGGGAUGCUUGUGAGAAAGAGGACUUCUGCCAAAGCCAGCGGUGGGGAAAUGUUAACUAGAGCCUUUAUCGGUCUCUUCCUAAACUUGAAGAACCACAUUUACUGCUUACUUAAAUCACUAUCAGCAUGCGCAUCAAAAGCUACAUCAGAAGAUCAUUGAAGAUUAAUUGCACUAACUUUUACUUUUGCACUAAAACUUUUUACCAAACAAUCAACAAUAAGAGAACAACCGUGAAUGACAGUAACUGUGACUGUUGGAAUUGUCCAUAAUGUUUCACAUGCUUCCCACAGCAGCAAUGUAUGAGCAGUGUAUGUGUGUUUGUGUUUGUGUGCGUGUGUAUGUGUGUGUGUGUUUAUGCCUGCAUACUAUGAGUUGAAAGUGUGUAACCUAAUAGUAACUCAAUUAACCAUUGGAUCCAGCAUUCUUACAUCUCAUUGAUGAUUGCUCUCUUCACAUUCAGGAGGUAAAGCAGAGAAAAGCAGAGAGAGAGGUGGAAAUGUAGCCACUAUAAGAGUAUGGGUUCUGGGCACUAGCUUACUUGAGGUCAGCAAUUCCAGUUUACUGUUCAUUGACAACACUGUCAACAAACACUUGAAAACGUAUGCUCACCCUUAUGUUGUGCAGUCACUGCAUUUAGGCUGGCAUUUUCAGGAAAAAUCUCUUUUAUAACGACAGUGUUCCUUAUAGCCGCCCACAGACAUUAAGACUGUGUUGUGUACUACAUUGUAUUUCUUACGUUUUGAGACAACUAAAGCACUCAUCUUCAAGUGCUUGUUGACAGCCAUGUCAAAGAACAGGAAACUGAUGUACUGACUUCAAGUAAACUAGUGCACAGAGCUCAUAGGCAUGGGAGAUGAGUAGUGUUCCUCUAGCCUGGCACGCCCUCCCAGUGACGCAACGCCUUCAGGCUUUUGCUGCUGGUCUGGUCAACUGCUCAUUGAGAAGGAUUUCUGAGUUCCCGAAAUCUGCGGAACUGCCCCCUUUGGUCGAGAACCAAUCAACUUUGAGCAGCUCCAACGGCUCUGGGUAGAGGCGUGUUCAAGGCAGAGGAAAGAGUGUUGUUAUUGGUUUAAACUCGGCAAACCGCUUUCUGACAUCUACCAGUAGCAAAUCGAGGCACUUAAAGGAGGCGGGUCAACCAGCGCUUGCAAGAAACCGUGUUAGCACAGGCUGUUGGUCAGACUAAAGUCUCGCAGAGCCUUUGAAAGUCGAUGGUAAUCAGGCUAGUGUUCCUCUAUGUCAAAUGCACUGGUGAUCACGUGUGUUAAUUUGCCUCAUGUGACUGAAUCUUCUUUUGCUCUGAUCUUUGCUUACUAGCUCAUUUGCACUUGUUCUAUGCACUGUAUACGCGACCAACCAAUCUCAGUAUUUUAUUAUUUUGAACUGAUGUGAUAUAUCAGGGAGUCAAAACUGCUGUAAUUUGCAAAUAAAACCGUUUCUGAAAACACAAA